AUGCGCCUGGUAACCUGGGCCUUGCCUGCUCUGCUAGCAGCUGAGGAGAUUCCACAGCUGCCGUGGAGCCCAGAGCCGCCCAGGUACCGAGUGCCAGUGAACAGUCUCCAGACAAAGUCCACGUUGUCCCUGUACAAAUCCGAUUCCAUUGUUGACGUGGAUGUGGGAGACACCCUGUUGAGGAGACUCGCGUCACAGGAGCGAGGUGGCUCGAAAUGGACAAUUCUUGAAGUUUAUGACUACUCUUGUCCGCAUUGUUGGUAUGCAGUACCUAUCUAUACCCAUGUCGCUCAAGCGUAUUCUGGGAUCCCCUCUGUUCAGUUUACAUCCAUCAACUGCCACAUGAGAUACAACAUGGAGAUUUGUUUUCUGCUCAACGCCAUUGCCCAGAUUAAGGAUUUCCCAUCGUUUCUUGCUUGUCCUCCUUCCUCCACGGUCUCUGCUUCCGCUGAGAUUCAAAAAACUUCACAGGAAGCCAAACUCUUGGCCCAGAAUUUGCCUGUGAAGCAUCCGACCCGAAAAGCUUUGCUACGGUUGGCCCACUGCCACCACAAGUUCAUUGAGGACUCGGUUGCUACAGGUAAAGAGGAUCCCUUCUUGUCAGCCCGGCAGUUGGCCAAUUGGGUGAAGAGCAUCACUGGCCACGAGGCAGCAGACUUGAAAGACCUCAGCGUUGGCGCCAACUUUCAUCGACAACAGCCAGUGUCAGCAAUAGCUCCCCCAGGGCAACCUGGAUGGUUGAGAGAUAACCAGGAUGGCCGCCCUGGAGUGAGCCGCUUCAUCCCAGGGGAGCGUUGGUACGAUGCUUUAAUGGGCUUUGUGGCCUUCGUCUACCAAGGUUACCAACCAUGGAAGCAUCAAGCCACCGUUGAAGUGGCACGAUAUUUGUCCAUGGCCUUUCCGGUGAAGGGCAAAGAGAUUGCGCAGUUGGCCGACAACUUAGAGAAGCUGGGACGACAGGUCCUGCCGUCCAGAGCGCAGAAGGCCAUCAAGUCCUGGUCCAUUGAGGUGGGUUUGGGUGAUCCCGAGUAUGAUGCCCAAGACGAAUCCUACGAGGAGCACAAACAUGGCCUCGUUCAUCGGCCUGUGGGUGACCAACCCUUGCAGUCAUUGACAUGUCCGACAAGCAGCACAUGCAACUUGUGGAAUCUGCUGCAUGUCACUGUCACAGCAGUGGCUGCCAGAGGCUUCUCCAAGAGGUCGCUGCUCAGUGAUGGCAGUGUCCUGUCGCACGGCUUCCAGGGAGGUAUUGAGCUUCCCCUGCAGCCGGAGAUCGGCAUCAAGGAAGCACAAGCCUUCGUUCGAACUUUCGUGGACAAUUUUCUGAAUUGCAAGCAGUGUCGACAAAAGUUCCUGUGGGACUACGACCAAUGCAACUAUGGGCGCUGUCGCUUCAAGGAUUGGAGAGAUUUGCCACUAUGGCUGUGGAGAGUCCACAAUGCUGUGAACCUGCAUGUGGCUGCAAAGCAUGAGCACUCUCCAGACCGCAGAUGGCCGAUGUAUCAGGAUUGCCCCAGUUGCUGGCGCAGCAGCUUGGUUAUGAAAGGUGUUCCACGCGUCCUCUCAGAGGCCUCAGAUUUGGCGGCCUACCAUGCGCAAGCCCGCUCCGAGAGCCGAUGGUCCACGGAGGAGUUGGAUUUGCCCUUCGACACCAAGGCACCAGCUCUGGAUUUUUGCCAAGCCUUGUGA